AUAUCACGAACGAGCGAGAGAGAAGUUUGAUUGAACGAGGACGUAUCGGCUGGGAACUCUCGGCUAAGGCUAAGGACGCUCCCCGAUCCGGAACGCGACUUCUAGUCCACUUUGCGCGGCGCCGCGGUACCGCGCAAGACAAAUUGAAUGGCGCGUAAAGGAUUUCGUAUCGAGGGGAGCUAUCGCGUUGCGAAUCAUCCUCGCGAGGAUGAUUCCGAUAUCGAACGACGGGGGAACGACGGAGCGCGGUCCCCCCUCGACAAUCCCCGGGGGGUGAUAUCGUCGCUUCCUUCCGGCCGAGCGGUCUCGCGAAUCAGCCUCGACGAGGUGGCCAUCGGACUUGAGUCACGGUUAAAUUAAUGACGCGAUAAUAUCGAUUACAAUGCCGUCGGUAUCCGCCGCCCCCUGCGCCGUCGUCGUCGUCACGCGGACACCAAGAAUCCCCCAAGAAGACGCCGCGGAAUCGUCCAUCCGCUCUCGCACCCUCGCCGCAUCUUCACACGCCUCUCCUUCCGACUUCCGGCGGUCACGUGGCGAGCCUCCGUGCAUCUCUGUCUCGCGCUGGCGGCGUUCGCGGCCGCCCCAUUGGUCGUGUCCCCGGGGGUGAGAGUUCACCGUUCGGGGGUGGCAUCGCGUUGUCCUCGUUAUACCCGACGAUGGCGCCUGACUCCGUCUGAUUCUCGCCAACGUGCCACGCAGGAGUCGUGGGUGUAGCUUGGCUACGCCCGGCCUGUCGGUGGGCUUGGCCAAGCCAGCUGCAGCGUUCCCGGCGAGUAGGGGAAGCCUUUUCGGCGGACACGCGGUCAUCCGCGACGUCACUUUGCGACGCGACGCCGAACCGCUCGCUCGCCCGUGCCGCCGUCGGCUUCGCGCUGGGAUCGUGACACACGUACAGUCGCGCGAUCGAGACGAGUUUGCUGAUAUCGACUCGAGCGGGGAGCAUGAUUGACCUAUGAAGCUGCGCGAACCGAUCGCACCCUGAUGACAUCGGCGUGACAGCCACGCUCGGCGAGUUGCGAGGGAAACAGUUUCAAGGGCCGCCGACGUUUGCACGAAGCACAACCGUGCCCCGACAGCCCCGCUAAGAUCGCGCGCGAACGAUCGCGAUCGAUUUCGCCUGGACGAAACCCGACACCGCGGCGGCCGCUCGCGGACAAAGCGGACAAAACCCGAUCGUCAUUAUUGGGUCAGUGUCGGCUGUCGAGAUCACUCCGAGAUCGCGUCACUUCGUCGUCGCGCGACCGCUCGCGCGUUCUUCGCCAUCCCGACGCCGGCGCGAAGAAGGAACAAUCGCGUCGCGCUUAGACUCGCGAUUCGCCGGGCGUUAGUGAACCGUCGUAGGGAGCCGUCGUCCUACUGGCGAUCAAGUGCCCUGCAGGGGAUUACCUAGGACUCUCGCGGUCGAGGGGUACCGGCCGAUCAGUGUCGAUCACGGGGACGAGUCUAGCGGGAAGCAUGUGUUAGGUGUGACACACCUACAGUGACCGCGAGGACAUGGCAGCUAUGCAUUACAACGCGCAGAUGGUCUCGGAGGAGCUGCACCAGCACCCGCGACAUCUCUACGGCCUCCAGCAGAGACUGCAGGACCCCGGCUCGUCGCCGCGGUCGGAGGACGCGCGAUCCCCGCUGGAGAGCCGCGUGAGGUCCCUCGAGGAGAUGCGCUUCGUAGGCGGCAGAUCGCCGGAUGUGGAGGAACGAGUGGUGAGAUACCACGAGGACGCCGGCGGCAAGCGUUUCCCCAAGGAGCAGCUGCCGACUGCCGGCUUCUUCCAGGACCCGGAGAAUGCGACGAGAAAGUGCUUCGGCGACGAGCUCGCGACGAGUCGCUGCCGCGAACCGGAAACUUCGCCCGGCAGGACGUCCUCGCCGCAGAGCUACAUCCUCAGCUCGCCCAGCCAGCACAGCGGCUCCAUCGGCAAGACGUCCUUCUGCAUCGACGCGCUCUUAGGCCGCGCCGCCACCAAGCAAACCGAGGUGGAUCAGUCGUCGAGCGAUCGGCAGAAGACGUUCGCCAGGAGCCACGCUGUACAGCCAGACGGGCUGAACCUCAGCGGCGUCCAAGGACGAGAGACGUCCCCAGGCGCCGGGGUGAGAUGCUCCACGGACCAAAGGACCACCUCCUCGUCCUUGGGCAACCCCCUACAUCCCUUCGUGCAACAUCACGGUUCCGAGUCGCCGGGGCUCGAGACGCGCGAGAGACUUUCCACGAGCCGCGAGGCCGUCCUCGCCGGCCUCCACCACGCCGACACCGGCGUGUCGGUGCAGCGCGGCCAGUUCAGGCCCGAGACGGGGACCAGCGGCUACCGGAACAUAGCCGAUCGGCUGGAAAACGCAGAGGACGACACGUCCGUCGACGUGGACCCGACGCGAACCGGAAGUGCCAGUCCUGGCAGCAACGCGAGCCGCAGUCCCGCCUCUAGUCCUCCCAUUUCGCCCGGCUCGGAGGACCCCUCGAGCAACGGGGUCCUCGGCCAUCAGAGUCUCGCGUCUGGGCCCUACGGAGUGGGCGCGGCGGUGGUCAGACAGAAUCAAGGCCUCCUACUGCAUCCCGCGGGCCCACUUAUCCAUCCCGGCGGACUGUACUAUCAUCCGGCCGGUGGCAGCGCCUUCCACUCGAUACACAAGGAGGGUCAACCGGUCGGCCAUCCCCAAUCCGGAGGGCCUCAUCCGCAGCAACAUCACAUCCAUCCACUUCAGCUCGAGUGGCUCGCCCGGACCGGCAUGCUGUAUCCGAGACUGCCCGCGGAUUUGGCCGGUUGCGCGGCACAGCACGCGUUGCUAGGCAAGACCAGAAGGCCCAGGACUGCGUUCACGUCCCAGCAGCUUCUUGAGCUGGAGAAACAAUUUCGACAGAACAAGUACCUCAGCAGACCGAAGAGGUUCGAAGUCGCGACGUCGUUGAUGCUAACGGAAACGCAGGUGAAAAUCUGGUUCCAAAACCGACGGAUGAAGUGGAAGCGCAGCAAAAAGGCGCAGCAGGAGGCUCGCGCGAGCGGAAAGGCCGAAGACACCGGAAGCACGAGGAGUACCGAAAGAGACGCCGGAAGCGACGUUAGCGUCAACGCGCCCGGUACACCGGAGGAGUCUAGAGGAACGCUCCAGGAGAGUCAAAGGACCGGCACGGAUCUUCAGGAACCCUUGUACCGACCUUACGUGGUUUAAAGGACCAACGAGGGCGCCCCUAACCCUCGGAGGACCAACGUUCCGCGGGAAAAAUUCUUGCAACGUUCCUGUCGUCCUCGUUUUAUUUCGCUUGUAUGAUUUGAUAAGAUUAACAAGUAGAUAAAAAUGUUCUCGUCUGUGAAUAUCAUUAACUUAAUAAGGAAAAGAAAUGAAGAAAAGAAAAAGAGCUUCCUUGGGAGGGUUUAGAUCGUUGGUCCUCUAACGGUUAAGGACGAGUGGAAACUGUCAUCGGGCGUACUUUUGUCCCUAGUCGUUUCUUAAAAAAUUAUUUCUUCGCAAAGAGAAAUCAUAAUCAUAUUCCCGAUUAUUGAGGUUGAGUUUGUAUCACUUUGACUACGCGUGCGCCUGUGCUCAUAAAUUCUUUUGUAACAGAAGACAUCAACGCUUCGCUGUUGAUUGCGAUAUAAUUUUUAUUAGUCGACUCUGACGAGGAAGGAUUCCAUGACUUCCUAUGGGGAUCGAAACCGGUGCGCGAUUCCCCGAUGCUUUCCAAUUUUUCACGCCAUGCACACAGCGCCGGACACAGCGUGAAACCUACGUGUAAUUCACGCCGAGAUUGUCGCGUUUCUACCGUCAGUGGACACGAAAAUUAUUUUCUUGCGCAUCGCGCGGGAUCGUCGAAAUCCGUCUCGAUCGAGAUUGCAUUGGUUUCCACGCGUUUUACCGUCGAUCCUUACCAACUCUACCGCGAGCCUUGUUUUCUACAUAAAAAAGGGAAAAAAAAAGCAACCGAUCUCGUGUACAUGUACAUAUAAUCUCAUCCCUACACUUUACCAGUAAUAAAGCAAAAUUCCUAUGUAAAUAGCGUCGCGUACGAGACGGUAAUCGCGAUCACGAUCGUAGCUCGCUUGUUAAUCGCGUUUAAUUAUCCCACCGACGAGUCAUCGUCGGGAGAGGUGUCUCUCUCGCUCGAAGCAACGAGAGAGAGAGAGAGAGAGAGAGAGAGAGAGAGAGAGAGAGAGAGAGAUCGCGCGGUCGAAUUAUCCAUGCCUAUCGUUCGGCGGACGGAGAAGACGCGGGUCGCAGACGAUGUGAGACGAGACCGGAGGACGUGUGUCGUGAUCGUGUGCGAUCUAGUGAUAGCGGAUUCGUCUUGGGAUCUGCGGAGGAUCCGAGAUGGAUGCCAUUUAACUUAAGCCCGUCGUGUACAUAGACACUCUAGAGACUAUUUAUUCUGUGUUCGCUCGGCUUGUAAGAUAGAGACGCCAGAUAAACGCGCCGGAACCGCGACGUUGUUAAUAUAGACGGUGUCAAGAGACGACAGAUAAACGCGGUAUUCUCCCUCUUUCUCUCCCUCUCUCUCUCUCUCUCUCUCUCUCUCUCUCUCUCUCUCUGUCUCUCUCUCUCUUCCUCUCACAUCUUCUCCAUUAUCCUCUUCCACCCUUUCUCUUUCUCUGUUUCCGUGGGUGGCGUCCACCGUCUGCAGUCCGGCUGCGAGCGUUACUCGAGUAUCGUCGCGUGAGUACGAGCGAGCGAGAAGCCAUGUAUUUACGGUAUACGAUGUGAGUGUAAAUAUUAUCCGCAUAGGUCCUAAGUUUAGCGAAUGCAAUGCAGAUACACGAUAUGAUAUAUAUCGCGACAAGUUCCUAAAUAAAUUAUGAAAU